AUGAGGCGCAGCAGCGGUCAGCAUCCGAUGCAGCAGCAGCAGCGACGACGGCUCGCCCGUCGUCUACCGAUCGCGUUACUUCUUCUGGCUGUCGCUCUUCUGCUGCCGGGGCCCGGGGACGCGCAGUACUCGUCCCUCGCCGAGUCCAUCAGAUCGUUCCUCGCUUCUGGAUCGAGCGACUUGGAGGCGGAAGGUAUAUCGCUGUACUAUCCAAAAGUCGAGUACGCCGUAAGGAAGCAGCGAGUCGUCGAGCCGAGCGUACCUUUCCCUUGCGAUCUUCGCAACGCCAGAUCACCGACACCGCCUACGAGCGUUCAUCGUCUAAGACCCGGAGAUAUCGACGUCGUCGGAGCUCUUGGCGACUCACUCGUAGCUGGAAAUGGAGCUUUGGAAGAAUUCGCCAUCGGUACGUUCAUCGAGGCACGAGGGGUCAGCUGGUGCGCCGGGGGUCAAGAUAACUGGAGAAAAUACCUGACCGUGCCGAACAUUCUCAAGGAAUUCAAUCCCAAGCUGACGGGCUACGCGACCGGCACCGGCGAGUUCAUAUCGCGCAAGGCCCGGCUGAACAUCGCCUUCCCGGUGGCCGCCGCGGAGGACGCCCUGCACCAGGCCAAGAUCCUCGUGCAGAGGAUCCGCAACGAUCCCGAGAUCGACGUGCGCAAGCACUGGAAGAUGAUCACGAUACUGUUCGGGGCCAACGACGUCUGCUCGGCCCAGUGCUACAACCCGAAGAAGUUCUCGCCGAUCCGCUACGCCCUCCAUCUGCGCCGCACCCUCGACUUUUUGCGCGCCUCGCUGCCGCGCACCAUCGUCAAUCUCGUGCCUGCCGUGGACGUGACGAUAUCGUUGCGAGUGUCGGUGCGCAGCGUCAUGUGCAGCAUACUGCAUCCCCUGUACUGCGCCUGUCUGCAUCGUGGCAAUCGGCCGGACCUCACCGCGUCGAAGAUGUCGCAGAUGUAUCAGCAAGCGGCCGAGGCUCUCAUUGCCUCUGGAAGGUACGACACGUCCGACGACUUCACGGCCGUGCUGCAGCCGUUCACGAAGCUGUUCAACUCGCCCAAAGCGGACCCGUCGAGGGGCCUACCGAUCGACGCGAAUCUCGUCACCCACGACUGCUUUCAUUUCAGCCAGAAAGGCCACGCGCUUGGUGCCAAUCUGCUCUGGAACAACCUGCUGGAGCCCGUGGGCAACAAGACCGAUCAGGGCUUUCCGCGGAUCUUCGAGAGGGUCCUCUGUCCGAGCGCCGCGGCGCCUUACAUCUUCACCAACGUCAAUUCCAGGAACUUUCUUCUCACUGGCAGUCAAUAAAUGUGUCUACAGUGUGUAUAAUGUCGCAUCGCAGAUAUGCAGCUCUGGAGCUGCCUCGUCGUUCGACGAUCGACCGUCGUCGAAUUAAUGUAUCAUUGAGGUCAACGUUUAGUUUUAAUAUAAAAAAUCGCAUAUGUAAGCUCUCGUGAAAAAGGUUACGCGAACGAGAGACUCUUUUUAUUUCAUUCGUCUUGUACGGCUCUUCGUUGAUGAUACUUGAUUUUUCUUGUUACUUA